ACCGUGGCCCCGGUCAUGCGCACGCGCACGCACGGAGGGCCCAACACGCAGGCGCCGUCACGGACUAGCGCUGCGGCACGCGCACUGGUCGGCGCCCCACUGCCGCGAAGUCGGGCGGCCGCGCCGUCGCCCGCUCGGGUCCGCAGCGGCAGCGUUCGGGGCCGCGGCUCGGAGGAAGCCGAGCCAGCGGCCGGCGGCCGAGAGAGCGCGCGCCCCCGCGCGCCCCCGCAGGAAGCAGCGGACGGCGACUGCAGGAAUCGCGCCUAUCGAUCUCCCGGCGGCGCGAGGGCCCGUCGCCGACGUCGCAAGCCGCCGGGCCUCCUCCUGUGUUCCGCCGUUGCCGGCGGCGGCGGCUCCUUCCUACUGCUGCUCCUCACGGGCCGCGGGGGCAGCGGCGGGGGGCGCAACAUGGCGGCCGAGGAGAACGCCGCCACCAAGGUGGACCACCCGGCCGAGACGGUCGAGUCGCUGACGCGGGAGAUCGAGCAGCUCAAGGCGAGGCUCGAGGAAGAGCGCAAGAAGAUCAACGACGUCAGUGUAACCUCGUUGGCCGGCAAAGUGGAGCCCAUCAAGGACGUGAACAUCAAGCUGCGCAGGGUGCUCAAGGGCCACCAGGGAAAAGUGCUCUGCUCCGACUGGUCGCAGGACAAGCGACACAUCGUCAGCUCGUCCCAGGAUGGCAAGAUGAUUAUAUGGGACGCCUUCACUACGAACAAGGAGCACGCUGUGACGAUGCCAACAACCUGGGUUAUGGCCUGCGCGUAUGCGCCGUCGGGGAACAUGGUCGCCUGUGGUGGGUUGGACAACAAGGUGACAGUGUACCCGCUCAGCUUCGAGGAGGAAGUAUCCUCCAAGAAGAAAGCAGUCGGGACGCACACUAGCUACAUGUCCUGCUGCCUCUUCCCAAACUCGGACCAACAGAUCCUGACGGGCAGCGGUGACAGUACGUGCGCGUUGUGGGACGUGGAGUGUUCGCAACUGCUCCAGAGUUUCCACGGCCACUCCGCCGACGUCAUGGCACUCGACCUGUCGCCUACAGAGAUGGGCAACACUUUCGUCUCCGCAGGCUGUGACAGGCAAGCGCUCGUGUGGGACAUGCGGUCAGGACAGUGCGUGCAGUCCUUCCAGGGGCACGAAUCGGAUAUAAACACCGUCAAGUUCUACCCGAGUGGAGAUGCCAUCGCCACCGGCUCGGAUGACGCCACCUGUCGACUCUACGAUCUACGUGCUGACAGGGAAGUAGCCGUUUAUUCCAAGCAGAGUAUCAUCUUCGGCGUUAACUCAGUGGACUUCUCAGUGAGCGGUCGCUUACUCUUCGGCGGCUACAACGACUACACGGUCAAUGUGUGGGAUACACUCAAGUGCGUGCGACUCAGCAUCCUCUACGGUCACGAGAACCGCGUCACCUGCCUCAAGGUGUCGCCCGACGGAACCGCGCUCUCCACCGGCAGCUGGGACUUCACGCUCAGGGUAUGGGCCUAAGUAGACGAACAGGUACGAGAACAUCUCGACCUCAAAUGCAGCCGGGCGCACCUCGACAGCCUCCACUGGCGCCGCGAAUGAUUGUCCGCGCGGAGAAUAAAGCGCCUCCCCCAGCUGAAUGGGCCGACGCCGCACCGGCGAAGAGGAAACAGGAGAUGCCAGGACUUCCUCUAACUUCCGUCGUGACAUUUCAAAUCGGUAACGACCGCGCGCAAUGAAAAAAAAGAGGACAAAACGACUAAUUCGAAGCGAGGAUUUGCGGGUUCAUGGAGACAGGGCUGGACCGAUUGUGUACGCGAAAGUCGCGCCCUCUGGCCCCGUUCAUGAUUCCGCAAGGGCCCGUAUGACGCGCCAUUUUUUGUUCACUGCCGUCGACAGAGAAGCUUUGUGCAAACGUCUUCCUUCUGCUUCUUCUGUGAUUUUCCGCUCAGCGGAGUGUAAAUUUUUUUUUUCUGGCAGAGAACGAGAGACCUACUGACAGGCGAUAAAUUUCCUCCGUAAAACGGCUGCAUACCGGAGUGGCACAGUCACAACUCUAAGCGCGACCGUGAAUGACGCACAGAUCGUGUCGAGGGUGCGAAUCUUUUUAUCACACAGUCCAUUUCAGUUUGCGUCACUAUUAGCCGUGAUUUGCUGCUGUUAUACUUUUGAAAGUACAGGACAGCAAGGAGUCUAUAUGUAAUGAACAGGGACCGCAGUCCAGCGAUCUUCCUUUCAUGUCGUGCUCGCACGGCAUUCGUAAGCAGAACCGAGCAAAAAGAGUAGUUUAAUUUCACGCCACCCAAUCGAAAAGGUCCUAACUGCAUGAUGCGAGAAACAAACCCAAAUUCGUUCAAUGGCGUCAAUCGUCCGCGUCCACAUCGCUGAUGUGCGGCUGGUCCGGGAGCUGUAAGGGACCGUCCGCUGCAGGUCCAAUUGUCCAUCUGGCUUCCAGCAUUGUUAUCACGCGUCUGCUUAUUGCGUGCGUACGUCGACAAGUACCGCUUCUCAUAUCGCACGUAUCGUUUGUGGAGAACGCAGCGACUCCGACGACGAGAAAUUUACGUUCGGUACAGCCCCUGCAGACUGUCAGUCCUCGCAGCUUUACGGUUCGUCUCAAGUGGUUCUCUUCUACCGCAGGGACGUGGCUGGCGAGCUUCGGACGUGAAAAAGACAGAGCCGCCCGAAUAAUGUGACAGUUCAUUUUCCAGUUCUACUUUUUUCCGCGCUACCUCAGUGGCCCGAGAAGCGUCUCGUUUACAUUAUCAACAGAAGCAGUCGCUUUGACGAAAUAAAUCAUUGCAUUAUCUCCCGUCUGGGUUAGCACGGUAGGCAAGUUGAACAGUCGCUUGCAAAGCUAUGAGGCAAAACUAUUGCCGGAGUUGCUGUUUGCAUCGUCAGCUCGCGAACAACGCGAGACAUCUACUCCGCACCGCCUGGCGCCAGACUGAAGACGAAGAGGUUGCCCAGACAUACCAGUAAUUGGUCUGUCUUUCUGGCCUUCCCGUUUUCAACAUUUCGGCUCCAGUCCUGCACUAAGUCGGCGCGAAAGCUGCACAUCUUCGUGAGGGCGCGAUGACGCCGCGAGAGCGCGCGGGCGCGGGCAAGUUGGACGGGCGCUGCGUAGCAACGCCGGUGCUUGCUACUCCGAAGCAUUGGUCGGCGAGUGCACCUGAUGGGUUUGUCCACCAGCACGUGAAGUAGAAACUGAGGCGUCUUCGCACGAGCCGCCGCUUUCUAUUUGAUGGUGUGGUUUGGUUCAAUCGCCCAGCGGCCCAGCUCACGGAGCAAGAAACGUUUGGAAUGAGGAACUCCCCGUUGGUUCUGGCGUGAGUGGGUGACCAGUUAACGUGACAGUAAGGAAAGCGGGGAGUACCAGCACGGAGUGGAGAGUAAGCUUAGGGGAGAGUUAAGUGGAGAGCGUCUAAAGGCGGCAUCUGGUAGCGCAGGGCGUAAGGUUUAUGACUGUGCGCUGGGUUUCCAUGGCAACUGUAGUGACACGGCCACUGUUUCUUGCAGCCGUCACAUAGUGCUGCCACGUGAAGGGCUCAGAAUUGCCUGGCACGUCCGCGGCAUUAUAUGACCGAACCAAAGGGCUAAAUUUCUUUUGAAUUUCGCGCCCCUGCCUCACGUUGAGCUUGUACCGCUGUGCGAUCAUUGGUUCGCGCUGGAACGCUGGGCAUAGCGGUGCACAGACCUCGUUUCCGAGCAGAGAGAUCUCGAUAGAGGCCACGCGCACCAGCGUACAUACAAUGGGAUUUCGAAGCACUCGAGUGCUCGAAAUUUACCCGUGGUCCUCCACCACGGUCCUGUCACCAACGCUGCUUGGUGACACCAGGCUGAAGCCUACGAACUUCCGUCUCAUGCAGAGCAGGCCUUGUGAAAUCCCCUCCCUUGCCCGUAAAUCAUGUCAAACAGUGUGUAUUUUGGAGAAUGAGUGCGUACGCCUGUAAAUAGCUGGAGUGAAUGAAAGCUCUAGAUGCGAGGAAGGAAAUGGUAGAAGGAAACGUUGGAAAUAAAAGUUUAGUGCCUGUA